AUGGCGAAGAUCAACAACUUUCUUUCACUCAAGAUGAUUUUACGCCUCGCAGGGUGGGGUUUUCUUUCUUUUUCCCUGACAAGAGGUGCAAUGCUCCUUGGGACAAUUUUGUUAUCUGACAAGACCAAUAUUUCUAUGAUGACGGGAAACAGAGUUGCACAUCCCUUCCUUAUCAGUCUCACUAAUAUACACAUGUCCACAUGUCGAUACUGUUUCACACCACUUGCAAGCUAUAUUGUCGACACUCUGGAGGCCAUGAUGCUGGCUACUGUUGGUGGGGAAACCUCCCCAGUCACUAUGGCCAUGUACAAGCAGUUCAGAGACAGUUUCCGCCAUGAGCCUCGCACCAAAUCAACUAUGCUAGCCCAGCUAUGUGUCAUCUGGACAAGGGCGGAUCCUGGUGAUAUUGAAGUGUUCUUUCGUGAAGCUCAGAAAUUUUGCUUAAAUGGCGUAUCUGAACCAUUCUUUGAGGACUGGGUACUUUCUGAUCCAUCCCAUUUUUUCACUCCUGAGACGCUCCACCACGUCCAUCGAGAAUUCUAUGACCACAAUGUGAAGUGGCUCAUUUGUGUAGUUGGGGAUGCCAAGCUUGAUUUUUACUUUUCUGUGAUGCAGCCCAUCACAGGGUUUUGCCAUUUUCAUGGCAGUGUUUUGAAGUUCAAACAGGUUACAGGGCAUGCUCAGCGUGACAUCCAGCGCUCGAUCAUUGCAGUUAGUGCAGAUGCAGCACCUAGUGCCAUGAUCACUGCCAUCCAAGCUCUAAUGGACUUUCAUUACCUCAUGCAGUCACCUUGGAUUAACGACAUCAAUCUCAAGUGCAUUUCUGCAGCGCUCGACGAAUUUCAUGCCAACAGGAGUGCAAUUCUUGCUGGUGGUUUUCAUUGCAGUCAGUGCGGUGGAGUCAUCGAUAACUGGUAUAUCCUGAAGAUUGAGCUUAUGCAGAGCAUAGUUCCAAACCACACUGAUAAAUGCCAUCACUUUGAACUUGCCAUGAGUCUGCUGGACAAUAUGUCAGGCUUGAAGCAGCAGGUUGAUACCAAUCUUGAUGAUGAUGACAUUGAUUUUGAUGACAACAACAACAACAACAACAACAACAACAACAACAAUAACGAUUAUGACAUCCCAGCAGAGCUUCUGGCGACCAUUGAAUGUCCUGACUAUUUGCGUCCCAUCACCAAUCACUUUGCAAUUGCAAAGCUCCUCCAGCACAGGGAGGGGCAGGAUUUUGUUCACACCAUUGGAGGGGCUAGAAAAGCUGGACCCACUGCUUUACUUCCAUUCGAAAAGCUCCAAGUCUGGUUCAAGCUUCGAUUGCAGAAUACUGAUUUUCAUGAUAUUGGUAUCAUAUGGCCAGCCCAGACCCUUAAUUUUUCACCACCUUCUGGCAUCUGGACCUGUGGCCGGUAUGAUCUGGUCAUUGUUAAUAACGAUGCAGGAUGCUCAUGGCCCAUUGAUGGUCUUUGUGGGCACACUGUUGGUGAAAUCAGGCUAAUUCUGCAUCCUGUUGGCAAGGCUCACACAAACUGGUCAUGGAAGGACUGCUUCCUUGCCUAUGUGUAUUGCUUCGACUUUGUUCCGCAAAGCAGAGGUGAUCAUGAGCUGAGCACACAAAUGCAUUGGGUGAUAUCAUACCAGUUACGCAGCUUAGGACACCUGUCAACCUUGUACCUUGCUUUGGCGCAAGUGCGGACAAUUGGCUCGCCCCAUAUAACAGUAUGA